AGAGAAAGAGAGAAAUAGAGGAAGUUUUCAGGGAAGAGAAGGUAUAAUGGUGAAGGAAGAGAGUGAGGUGGUUGUGCACCAUUCAGGUAAGCCCUAUACAGAUCCACCUCCAGCACCUCUUUUGGACCGAACCGAACUUCAACGUUGGUCUUUCUACCGAGCACUAAUCACGGAGUUUAUGGCCACACUCCUCUUCCUCUAUGUUACGGUUGCGACGGUCAUUGGUCACAAGUCUCAGUCUGCAUCUGAUGACUGCAAUGGGGUCGGUCUGCUUGGAAUAGCUUGGUCCUUUGGUGGCAUGAUUUUCAUCCUCGUCUACUGCACCGCCGGAAUCUCUGGUGGCCACAUCAACCCUGCUGUUACAUUGGCGUUUUUUUUGGCACGGAAGGUGUCAAUAGUGCGGGUAGUAGGCUACAUUGUGGCACAAUGUCUGGGUGCGAUCUGUGGUGUGGGGCUGGUCAAGGCGUUCAUGAAACACCACUAUAAUUCACUUGGAGGUGGGGCCAAUGAGGUUUCUUCCGGGUAUUCAAAUGGAACUGCUCUCGGAGCUGAGAUUAUCGGCACUUUUGUUCUGGUCUACACUGUUUUCUCCGCAACUGAUCCUAAGCGCAUGGCUCGUGACUCACACGUUCCGGUGUUGACUCCACUGCCUAUAGGUUUUGCGGUGUUCAUGGUGCAUUUGGCGACCAUUCCGAUCACCGGGACUGGGAUCAACCCUGCUAGAAGUUUCGGAGCUGCAGUCAUCUACAAUCAGGACAAGGCUUGGAAUGAUCAUUGGAUAUUUUGGGUUGGACCAUUAAUUGGAGCUUUGGCAGCGGCAGCCUAUCACCAAUUUGUUUUGAGAGCCCUUGCUGCAAAGGCGCUUGCAUCAUUUAGGAGCAAUCCUCACAAUUAAUUAAAGUUUGAAAAAGGGACGAUCUUUAUUUUUAUAAAGUUAUUUUCAUUAUAUUAUUUGGGUGAUGAUGUUUAAUUUUGUAGUAUCUGUGGAAUUGAAUUUUUCUUGUAUACUGAUUGUUGGGAUGGCAAAAUAAAUAUAUUAUGGAAUUGUUUAAAAUAAUA